CAUGGCCCACUACUUGCCCUCUUCCAUUUCGGCCGCUGAAGUUAUUUUUGUGUUGAAGGGCAUGUAUGUUUCAAGCACUUGUCCUUGGCAUCCCUUUAUGGUGGUUGGAUUUGCUAAAUACCUACUAAUAGCCCAGCCCAUACCCCAAAAAAAAAAAAAAAAAAAAAACCUCCAGCGCUUCCUAGUACUCUGACUACUCUCUGCUCGGCACCUCAAUCACUUCACUCGACUCGACCAGGAAGGAGUAGGCGCGUCUUCUGUGUCCAACUCUCCCUCCCUCCCUCUCCGACUCCUCCACUGUGACUCCUAUCAUUGACUGAACAUCUUCACUUGUUCUUUUACAUGAGAUGCCCUCAGAACUGAAACCCCCAAAUCGAAACCAGGCUGCCUCUUGUUUUGGUCCGCCUUCAUUGUUUGGAUUUGGAUUUUUCAGCGGGCUUGGUUUUCUCUUGGGAAGUCAGUAUGUUUGAUGUGAAUGAUGGUUUCUGGAUUAUCGACUAGGUUGUUGAACAUAUGUAUAGCUUCGUAUUGUAAGUCCCGGCUACUGGAGAGAGCAGAAGCCGUUAUAAUUGAUGGCAUAAGAUUGGGGGUGAUUCCAGAUGUGGUAACUUACAAUACUUUGCUCAAUGCCUAUUCUCGGUUUGUUAGCUUGGAUUCAGCUUAUUCUGUUGUUCAUAGAAUGAAAGAGGCUGGGAUUAGUCCAGAUGUCAUUACAUACAAUUCUUUGUUAUCCGGGGCCACCAGGAAUUGCCUAUUAUCACAAUCUCUGGAUCUGUUUGAGGAAAUGUUACAAGCGGGCAUACAUCCUAAUGUAUGGAGUUACAAUAUUCUGAUGCAUUGUUUCUUUAAGUUGGGAAAACCUGAUGAAGCCAACAGAGUUUUUCAGGAUAUUUUACUUCGCAAUCUCACUCCUCACCCAGCUACGUUUAACAUAAUGAUUAAUGGCCUUUGUAAAAAUGAAUACAUUGAUAAUGCCCUUAUGUUAUUUAGGAAUUUGCAACGUCAUGGAUUUGUUCCCCGAUUAGUGACGUACAAUAUUCUUAUCCAUGGGCUAUGCAAGGCACGCAGAUUGGGGCAAGCAAGAAAGAUGCUAAAGGAACUGGGGGAAUCAGGUUAUGAGCCAAAUGCCAUAACCUACACUACAGUUAUGAAAUGCUGCUUUAAGUUUAAGCAGUAUGACGAAGCGCUCGAGAUUAUGUCAGAGAUGAAGAGUAAAGGGUAUACCUUUGAUGGCUUUGCAAACUGCACAGUUGUUGCUGCUUUAGUUAAGACUGGGAGGAUAGAAGAGGCAAAUGCUUGCAUGGAACAGACAAUGAGAAAUGGCAUUGAACUUGAUUUAGCGGCUUAUAACACUUUACUUAAUAUGUAUUGUAGAGAAGGUAAGUUUGAAGCUGCCUAUAAGUUGAUGGAUGAAAUAGAGAAUGGAGGUCUGCAGUGUGACAAGUAUACCCACACAAUUAUAAUUGAUGGAUUGUGUAAGGCUGGUAAUAUUAUCGGGGCUGAACAACAUUUACAAUAUAUGAAAAUGAUUGGCUUCCGUGAAAAUUUGGUUGCCUUCAACUGCAUGAUUGAUGGCUUGUGUAAAGCUGGUCAAAUCGAUCGUGCGAUGGACUUGUAUAAAUCAAUGGAGACUAAAGAUUCCUUUACCUACACCUCUUUGGUGCACAAUCUUUGCAAGGCUGGAAGGUUCCGUUGUGCGUCCAAGCUUAUGAUGAAAUGUCUAAGAGAUGGCAAGAAAAUACUCAAGGCUACCCAACGAGCUGUCCUUGAUGGUCUUCGUAGUACAGGGUAUACAGAUGAAGCAAGGAAGCUUCGGUGGAAAAUUCAAGUGGCUCGAAUAUUACGUUAAAAAUUGGCCGUGCUUUUGCUGCUGAAAAUUAGUUUCAUCAUAUUUGCAUUGGCAUUUUGGACAGCACCAUUUAAAAUCCCUCUUUUAGUCAUAUGCCGUAAACAUAAGUUGUUUUGGGUGGUAAGCUUGUUCUACACAGCACUGAUUAUUAACGGUGAAGAGUAAUGUUGAAUCCGAAUGUAAGGCGACUAACUACCCUGCCACUGCCUUGCAUUGCUAAUCUGACAGUGGUUCUGCCGGUGUGCAUAACAGAAAGACACUACUUGUAGCAAAUACACUACUUCCCAUAUUCAUGUAUGACUGGAAACAUUUCUCAAAUUCAUCUGUCAGUCAUGCUGGUUCUUCACUUGAUGGACCCACUGGUAACUGGUUAGCAUUAUUGAGAGCAGUUUAGUUAGAACUCAGGACAACUACUAACUUCUCCUGAGAGGAGUUUUUAUGAUUGAGAGGCCUCAUUUAUUUCGUGCUUCUGUGUGUGCGUGCUUAUAACUUGGCUCAGAACUCAGAAGGAGAUGCAUUGACAAAAUAAAUAGUUUUCAGAGCAUGGGAUAAAAACUAAGGUGUAUCAUAAUGUGCGCGGAGGUCCAGAUUUUAAGCUCAGCAAUUCAAUUCACGUAUGUCAUUAUGCAGAUGUAGUGGUCUAAACCAAAGCAAGGUGACAGGGUAAGUAGAAUAAAGAAAGAAAAAGACAGAAAUAUGAAUUGCUGGUUUACUUCAUAUUACUGUAUUUUAUGUAUUUAAAAAUAUUGCCUGUAGCUCCAAAGAGGAUGGUUACUCGUUCGGCAUAAAGGGUUUCUUCCCUUGAUAUCCUGGAUGUUUAGGUGAUCUAGUUUACUGAAAGUAAAUUCCCAAAAUUUCAGUCUAGCGAAUAAGAAUAUUAGAUAACUGCAUAAAACAUCUGUCCCGGUCCUAAAUAAAAUUUCGUAUAUGACUGCACAAACAGCAAUUCAAGAAAGGCUCAUACUCUAUCAGAAUAAAGCUGUUUGAAUUAUUCGAACAAUAAACAAAAAUCAUACAAAAAUAUAGGGGAAAGAUUGAAAUGUAUCGAGAAGAGAUAACAGAGCUGGUUUUAUGAGCUGGGACAGCGAAACAAAAAACCAGCUGCUCAACUUCUUUGGGCUGGAACAGAGAAAGGAGAGAAGGAUUGAGGUAUGUAGGUGGGAGCCUGAUUCAUGUCUGCUGGAAGGAGAAAUAGGAUAUCAAAGAGGUUGAUGGGGGAUUAGGCUUCUCUGUUGGGUGGGAGGAGAAGAAGAUGGUGAGGCCUUAAGCGAAUACACACAAUGGCAGCAGUUUUUGUUUAAAAGAAAAAAACAUUAUCUAACAGAUGACACAAAUCCUUACGUUAAAAGUAAGGAAUCACCAAUGACCAAAAGGUGCCAUUGCCUCUAAGACUUUUGAAAGCAAAAGUAGGUUUACUGGUCGUCUUUCUUCUGGGGCUUUCGAUGAUUCUCCCAUUCUUGCCCCAAAGUGCAACUAGACGACUUUGAAAACACUGAUGAACAUGAAUGAUGAAGGUGGUAACUCUGUAUCCACUGUGCUUCUCGAGGGUAUAGUGACAGUAUAUUGGAUGAUAUUGAAGGAGCAUGUGGAUGGCAGAGUGAACACGGACAAGGCAACAGCUGCUAGUGUAUGUAUACUGUUCUUGGAGCUGCAGCUACUGAAUUGAGUGAGCUAGGAGAGUAAAGGAGUUAUAUUUUACAGAAACGGGAAACAUUGUCAUUUUCAGGCAGUGUGCAUUGGAUGGCUGUGUUUCACAUUCAGAUUGUACCAGUAUACUGUAGCAAAAUUUGCCGAAAGCUUUGACACUAUGCCAAAAUUUCUUGAGAAAAAUGCUGGGCUUAAUGCAACGGAGAUCAUAUCUUCUAUAUGUGCUGAACAUGCAUCAGGAAAUACCAAAGUUUGCCUUGACUAAGUAGGCUGUUCCUUGCCUUGUAGCAGUUCAUGUUUUGUAUGAGAGUUUCCAUUGCAUUGUAUGUUGUUACAGCUGUGAUGCUUGUAGACAUCGAAAUUUCAGUAAAACAAAUGUUCACCAAUGCAUUAAA